AUGUCCAGGAAUGCCGGAUUUGGUUGCUCCGAUACUAACUCUGUAGACGGUGCUUUGUCACGUGCGACUUUUUCAAAUAGCGGUGGAGCAACUAAUCUGGUUUGUGAUCGGUGUUGCGCUGUUUUUCGUAAGUCAAUCGCGCUGAAACCCUUUCCGGGCGUGUCAAUACCUCGGGAGAGGAAUAAGAGAGUUUACGAAGUGCGUAACAAUUUCAUAGAGGUUUCAACCAUCGGAAGCGUUAUUUGGGACUUACGAAAAGAAAUUCUUAACAAGGAAAGUACUUUUAUGGGGGCUCCUACUUUUUGACGGGACAUAUCUCAAAAAAUCAGAAAAAAUGUGCUGAUCAAGGAUAUAUAAAUCCUAGCUGCCCAUUUUAGGUUUUUAGGGGGGAAAAUUCAAUCGGAAGUUGACUUAAAGUCCUAUAUGAACCCCUUUUUGCUUAGUUUUUCACAGGUUUACAAUUUUUAUUUUGUCUUAAAAUGAUGUUUAUUGGGUUUCUAAGACGUUAUAAAUCAGUCUUGGCACAAAAAUUUAUUUUUCCGACCUUCAGCUUCAAAAAAGUUGAUUCAGCCCAAAAGGGAUGUCGAACCCGUGCGGCAUUCCCCCUCUUGAUUCCUAGACUACGGCACUAGCCACUCGGCCACACCGCUCUCUUCCGAAGGAAGAAAAAGACUGCGCUUUUUAUCGUUUCGAAUGCCUGCGCCUUUUGUAGGGAAAUUAAGCCAGUUUUUGGGCAUUUUCACCCCUAAAAACCUAAAAUGGGCAGCUAAGAUUUAUAUAUCCUUGAUCAGCAAAUUUUUUCUGAUUUUUUGAAAUAUGUCCCGUCAAAAAGUAGGAGCCCCCAUAAAAGUACUUUCCUUGUAAAAAGUACCCCAAGUUAACGUACGUUUUAUGGUAUUUUGUGGUGUACACAAAGAACUAAAACUAAAAAAAUUUAAAGGUCCAAUAACUGUUACAUCCAAGAAUGGUCCAAAUCUGACUGCUAUAGGGUUUUCAUGAAACCCUCUCAAAAAUCACCGAUUUUAUAUCGAUGAAAAGUCCCAUAGUGGUCUGAUUUGAACCGUUCUUGAAUGUAACACUGAUAGGACCUCCCAAUUUUUUUAGUUUUAGCUCUUUGUGUACACCACAAAACACCAAAAAACGAACGUCAUAAUGGGGUACUUUUUAGGAGUUUUUUGCAAGUCCCAAAUAACGCUUUGAUGGUUAAAACCUCUAUGACAUUGUUACCCGCUAACGUAAACUCUUUCAUUUCUAUCCGGAGGUGCAGACACUUCCCGAAACGGUGAACUAGAGUGUUUCAGACGACGGAAUUUGCCUUUGUACAUUGGGACAUGGUCCAUCCAUCUCGAUCGACAGCGGCCAUUUCACUGCCGAUUCUUUUGUGCAUUCAGACAUCUUUUCCACCUUUCCAACCAGUAAGUUAAGAGUGUUAUUGAAGUAAUAUUGUAAUUUUAUUCAAGUAACCCUGUAAUUUUAGCUUCAGGCAUGUCUCCUGAUCUGAACAACACUAACCAUGCGCAUAGUGAGACCUUUUCGAAUGGCUCUUGGGUUCACGAUGUUUCGGAUAGACACGAGUGUUCUUGCGCGACCUCCGCCACUUCAUCGAGCCGUUCGCAAUGCUGCAAUUCGACGUCAAACGUUAACAUGUUUGAAGAUGACGGUGGUCUUUCAAGUUGUUCCGAUACACAAAGUGAAUCCUGUGAUACGAGCGACAUUACAAUCGAGAGCUGGGAAACGGUGAGAGGUGAGAAUUUUUUUGGGGAAGUCUCGAUUUGAACUUCUGGAGGUUUGAAAUUUAGAAAAAUCAAUUUUUUUAGUUGAAAAAAUAAAAAAAUUUGCGAAGCAGCUCGCAAAAAAAAUUUUUUUUUAUUUUUUUUUCCUUUUAGGUCUCACUUACCGAAGAAAGUUCCUGCCAUCAAAUGGCCGUCCUACUCAACGAGGUCCUUCAAGUGAACUUGGAUCUGAGUCGAGUGCAUUUACUAACUAUGGUGAAAGAAUUGGCUUCGGGAAAGAUGACCCUGGUCUGAACACAAGUUUCUCCUCAUUGGCCACGGACUCUACGGGCCCGAUCAACGGAUUCUACGGAUACAAAAAUGUCGAACCGCCGGAUCCACCCAUCCGAAGUGUGCGCGAACCGGGCCCGGAACGGCUGAGAGAUGAGAUCAGCGAGCACAGGAAGCGACUCAUUCGAUAUUACAACUCGAUCGGAGAGCUCAGAAGAAACCAAGAAAAGAAUACGAGGGCUGGUCGCGACAGAAGCUUCAGAUGCGCCAGCGAUAAUGCUGGAUUUGUAAGUGUGAGGAGUACAACAUCGGGAUUUGGAGGAAAUGGAGGGGUUUUUGGACAAGAUGUGGGUCGAAGUCGCAUAAGCUGCCGUGAAGAAGGUCCCGAAGCUCCGUCAAGCCUCUACGAGGGAUUUGCAUCAAGUUACAGUGGAAUUAAUGAAGCUUCAAGAGGAUUUUUUCACCAUCCCGGAAGACCUGGUGGAAGUAACGACGAUUUUGGUGAAAAUGAAGGCGAAUUUGACCAAAAUACGGAUGGAAAUGAGUUGUAUCGAGGAGGAAAUGGAAUAACUCGAGGUGGAUUUCGAUCGAAUGCCCGUGGUUCCGCUCGUGGAAGACCUCAUGAUGGAAAUUUUGGCAGAUUUGGAGGAAACAACAAUAUUGGGGAUGAAAAUGAAGUCGGAGACCAUAAUAUCGCUGGAAAAAUGUACGAAAUUGAUGAAGAAGGGUUUAUUGUGAACAGAGAUGAGGAUCAAAUGACAGAGGACGGAAGUGAACAUCGAAUAAUGUCGGAUUUUGACUUGGAACAAGAGAAUCCAAGGGCAAGUGCAAUAUCAAGUCAAAUUGUGGAAAAUGCAGAGCAUUUGGACUCUCAAAACUUGUCUGAAGAUGUGGAGAGACUUAGAGCAAAUCCGGUGGGUCAUGAAUUUAAAUUUUUUUGAAGGGAAAUUGGAGUUUUUGAUCAAAAUUACAUUAUUUUAGGUAAUAAUUUAAUGUUUUUGCAAAAAUUAUUCUUUUUUGAUGGAAUUUUGAUGUUUUUUGAGUGUUGAGGAAUGUUUAUGAUGUAUUUUGUCAUUCUUGAUUAUUUUUUAAGAAAAACCCGGAGUUUUUGAUCAAAAUUAUAUUAUUUUAGGUAAUAAGUUGAUGGUUUUUGAAAAAAAGUUUAUUUUUGAUGGGGCUUGGAGUGUUUAGGAAUUUUCAUGAAGUCGUAUACACUUUCAGCUCACAAAUCGAGACAAUGGAUGUCUAAAUUGUUGCCAGAACCACCAAACUCGUCAAUGUUUGGAGAAAUAUUGCUUCAAAUGUCGAGCGAAGAUCUCAAAUUGGUUGGUGGCUGCGGAGAUCCAUCCAAUUUUAUGUCAAGAUGCUUUCAAAGGAUUUAUGAAGAGAAGAUUCGAGGCCAAGAAGACCCGAUUUUACUCAAGAGAUCUGUUCCAAGCCUACCAAGAAUUGCCCCCGGAGGCCAUGGAGAGGUUUUACAGAAUCCUCAGUGAAUUGGAACCAAGUGGAGAUGAGAGUUUUGGCGAUCAGUUUCAUGAAGUAUUGAGGUUGACACUCAACUUUGGAAAUUAUGGAGGUAAGGAAUUUUGAUUUUGUUUUCUGAUUUUAGGUAAUAAUGAUCAACUUUGAUGUCUCAAUAUUGAUUUUUGGUACUUCUAGAGGAUAAUUCAGGUGUUAUGAAGUAUAAAAAGAAGUUUAGAAGCUCUCAAUGGCUUCUAGUUUUUAGUUUGAGCAAAUUUUUUUGUCAACGACAAGGAAUUUUGAGAGAUUUGGUCAUAAAAUUUUUUGGAGAAAGUUUUGAUUUGUACUGCUGGCCGGGAAAUGAAGCUAGACGGAUUUGCUGCGAAUGGCGGUGCUAAAUUCCCCAAAAAUUUUGCUUUUCUUAUAUUAUUUUCCAGUUGUUACCUAAAAUUUCAUUUUUUUAGGAAGGUCGUUGGUCGUUGCCUACCGACUUCUCUGGAAGAUGCUCAGCGUCACCGAAUCCUUCGAAUUUCCUUUGUUGGACCUAAACGUCGAGGAAGCCCACUUCUAUGUUCAAGGCGAGAACGGCCCCUUCAAGCCUUUUGAACUUCGUUUCAAAAUCAAAGAUGGCCCGAAUGACCCGGAGGAGGGACGAAAUGCACAGCGCUAUCUGAGAAGUACGUGGUCCAAAUAUAAUUUUUUGAUUUUAAGGCCAGUAUAAGAUAAAAUUUCAGCUAAAUUGAAGCACAAUGGAGUCUAUGGAUUCCCGAUGUUUGUUUGUCUCAGAGAUCAAGUCACCAGUGUGAAGGAUCAUGAAUACGACAAAGAAUGGCCCGCUCACAUCCAGAGAAAACAGGUUUCCAGGACCAGAAAGAAGGUUACGGUCUAUAGAUGUCAGCCGCCGACGGCAGCAGGGAGAUGUAGUAAGUUUUGGGAGUGUAAAUGGGUUUUUGAUAAUAUCUGUCUGGUUUUUUGGUCUUGAAUUUUUAUGAAUGAGUCUUGAUUACGGUAAAAUGCAACGAGGGAAACACUUGACCCAAGGGUUUUUCAAAGAGUCCAUUCGUCCAAAAAUAUAAUGGAAAGAUUAGAAUUAGUACCGGUACGACCUAUUUGGAUCAGAUUUUUGUUUUUGAAAGAUUGGAAGUUAUUUUUUACUGUUCCGAGGGAAACACUUGACCCAAGGGUGUUUAAAGUGUCAAUUCGUCCAAAAAUGUACCGGAAAGGUUAGAAUUAGUACCUAUUUGGAUAAGAUUUUUGUUUUUUGAAAGAUUGUAAGCAUUGUUUUGCUGCAUUUACUGUUCUAUUUACCGAGGGAAACACUUGACCGAAGGUUUUUUUAAAGAGUCCAUUCGUCCAAAAAAUUAGUUUUAGGAUUAGAAUUAUUACUUUUUUGGAUCAGAUUGUCGUUUUUUGAAGGCUUGGAAGUUUUGUUUUGCUGCAGUUACUGUUGUUUUUAUCGAGGGAAACACUUGACCCAAAAUUUUUUAAAUUUGGCAAUUUCAAAUAUUUUUGAAAUCAUUGUAAGUUUGAGUCAUUUUAGAGCUCAUCAUUGACAAUCUCCAUAUGCUGGACCGCUACGUUGGCGACGGCGUUGUCCCAGAAAAUACUGUUUUCCUCGGUUUCAAUCAUCAUUCCCAUCGAGUACGCGAGGAAACGGAAAAGUUGAAGAAAUUCAUUGACCACUCCGUGGAUCAAGAGACAUUUCCGAGGAAUCUGAACAGCAUAAUCAGGAACUUUUUCAAUCCGAGGAUGGAGAUUCAAACUGAUUCAAGGUUGCGGACCAGAGAAGACCUCGAAAAUUUCAAUGGACUCCUUCCAAGCCCUUUCAAAUUGUUGCCAGAACAAAUGGAGACAGUGAUUAGAGCGAUAAGGAAUGAAAUGCAUGCAGUUUUGGUGAGUUUAAGGGAAUUUUUGAGGAUUUUUUAUAUUAUACUUGAUUUUUGAGGUCAAAUUUUAAGUUUUUGACGUUUUUUGUCGAAAUUUGGUUGAAAAGUGAAAUGAAUUUUGGUUGUAGAGAAAUUUAGAGGUAUUGGUGUGAUAAAUAUGUCAAUGCGAAUGAGGGUUUACAUGAAUUUCCACCUAAUAUUACCUUAUUCAUCUCCAGGGACCAUCUGGAAGUGGAAAAACGACGAUUUUUUGUUUCCUCGCCAUCUACAACUGGUUCAAACUGCGGAAAAGGACUCUUCUCCUGACUACUCGCCGAGGCGCAGCCUCUGAAAUCACCCUACGGGUCGUUCGAAUGUCCAAAUUUCUCCUUGAACUCCCCCAAUUCAAAAAUCUAAAGAAUAACCAAAAAUUUAUCUAUUAUAAUAUGGAAAAGGACAGUCUGAUGGAGAAGAGAGACUCUGAGAUCAAAGAUUUCUGCUCGUUCAGCUAUGAAAUUCCGGAAAAUACCACAAUUUUGGUGACUGUCAUCAAUUCCAUCGCUUCGGAGGUGGUCCAUCAAUUGAAACCCGAUUUUGUCCUCUUGGAUGAGGCCUCAUCGGUCUCUGCUUUGGAUUUUUAUACAUUACUAGUCAUCCUCAACGAGAAUAGAUGCAAUUUACCGAAGAAUUUGACGAUUUUUGGUAAGAUUUGGGACUAUAUUAUACAUGAGGUUUUGGGAGAAAAAAGUGAUUUUUUUUUUGAGUUUUCAGGUGAUCAAUUCCAACUGGGCGCUCGAUUUUCGAAAGAAUCCUUCCUCAACAUCACCGAUGAAGCCGAUUUUGGAUUCGAUGAAUCGGCGUUGGUCCAACUUUUGAAGUGCAAAUUACCGUAUACCCAAAUGAGGCAGAUUGUCAGGUCUCCAAAAGCUCUGAUCAAGCUGAUCCAGCCUUAUUAGUAAGUUUGAGAGUAGAAAAUUUUAUAAUAUUUUUAGUAUUCGAAGAAAAAUUUGGGAUUUUUAUAUUAUCCAUGACGAUUUCUCUCAAUUUCAGCGAUUUCCCCCUCAAAACUGAUGAAUCCCCGCCGGAAGAGCCGCUUUUACUCAAUUUUGAUGGAUGUUACGGUAUGCAGAGUGAGCUGUCAACAGUCCCAAGUCGAGAAUUCCUCUCAUUGUUCUUGAAUUUACCGCCGAAAGACGUGAAUGGACGACAUUUUUGCCCUGGCGAUGAUCGAUAUGGGAAGAAUAAAAUGGGCCUGGUCAAUCAACGCAACAUUUACUACGCCACUUGCAUUUUUGACGCAAUUAUGAGGCAGAAUCCGGAGGUCACCGCCGAAAAUUGCCUGUAUUUGACUCCAUAUAGAGGUAGGGGAAGAUAAUUUUUGGUUUUUUUGGGCGUGGACAGAUGAAAUUGAGGUUUGAUCAUGGAUUUUAUGAAAGAAUAGGGAUCGGAGAGCGAAUAUUAGGGGAGACUUUGGUGGGUUAUGGUAGUUUUGGAACUUUUUUUUGACCUGAAAAUGGAAUUUCUUGGUAUAAAUGGGGAAAAUUUUAGUUUUUGGAAAUUUUUGUGGAUUAAUCAAAUAAAUCCGGAUUUAUUUGAAUUUGAAGGGUAGAUAAGGGAUUUUUAUUUGAUUUUAAGGCUACAAUACGGAAUUGGGACGGUUGGGGAAACUGAAAAGUAUUAUUUUUCUUCGAUGCAAAUGUGAAAUUAGGAUAAUAGAGGGUGGUGAUUUCGAAAAUGAAAUUCAUUUUUUUGAUCUUUACUGUUUUCCUUAAGUAGUACUGUAAAGUAGUAAUUUUUUGAAUUUUCUCCAUGAAUAAUCGAUUUGGGGGUUUUCGAUGGUGCUGCUUUCAAAUCAAAAAAAAAAAAAAAAAAUGAAUAAGAUUUUCGAAAUCAGCACCAUCGAAACCCCCCAAAUCUAGUAUUCAUAAAGAAAAAUUCAAAAAGUUACUACUUUACAGUACUACUUGAGGAAAAAAUUAAAGAUGAAAAAAUUAAUGUCAUUUUCGAAAUCAGCAACCUCGAUUAUCCCAAUUUCGACAUUUCCAUCGAAGAAAAAUAAUACUUUUCGGUUUCGCCAAUCGUGCCAGUUCCGUAUUGUAGCUUCAAAAUCAAAUAAAAAUCGUAUAUCUACCCUUCAAAUUCAAAUAAAUCCACAACAAUUUCCAAAAAUUAAAAUUUUCCCCAUUUUAUACCAUGAAAUUCGAUUUUCAAGUCAAAAAAGUUCCAAAACUAACAUAACCCACCAAAUUCUCCCCUAAUAUUCGCUCUCCGAUCCCUAUUCUUUCAUAAAAUCCAUGAUCAACCCUCAAUUUCAUCUAUCCGCCUCCAAAAAAUGGGGGCGCUACAAUGUGAUUCAGAUAAAAAAUUGAAAUUUUUUAUCAAAAAGUAUUAAUUUUUUUGGCAAAUUUUUGCCUGUUUUUCUAAAAAUUUUGUCUCUAAAGUGCGCAAAUUUCAGUCCAGGAAUCCGAAUUCCACCAUCGUCGCACCAAACCCGGCGCCACUGGCUCCAUCCGCGGCCAAACAAUCGACCGCGCCGUCUCCACCGAAGCCCGAUUUGUGCUCCUUGACCUGGUUCGCACCUCUUCCAAUGGAUUUAUGAAUGGAAAACCGGAGGAAUGGCCCGCUUAUGACAACUCCCAGAGACUUUUGGUCGCCCUCAGCCGAACCACCCGAGCCCAACUCAUCAUUGGAAGUGUGGAAACGCAGAAAAUCAAGACGAAUCCCACAAAUCCUAUCGAGAAAUUGGCCGCGUAUCAUCUGAAUUCGAGCGAUCCCUUGGUUUCCUUUGUGGAUAUUCACAGUUCUAACGUUUCCAGAGAAGAAUUUAUAGAUUUUUGA